CCGCUUGGUUUAUGCAUACCGAGUCGAUCCAGAGGAACCGAUAGUACUUCUUUUCUCGAAAGCGGCGCAGGACCUCUGCGGCACUGAGUGGUACAUCGAAUGAUGAGCCAUUCACCUCAAUUGUGAAGAGUGCUGUUGGAUCGCCCCAGACAUAGGAUAUCGUUUCAUAGACUUCCUCCUCCGCUUUUGGCAGAGGGAUCUGAAACAGGCGACAUCUGAGCUCAUCUUCCUCCGCACCGGGCUUGACUUCCAGCAGUCGGAUCUCUUGUCGACGGACAUCCAGAGGCCGGUACGGGCUCUUGAUAAUUUUCGAAGCUACCUGACCGAUCACAUUCUUGACUUUUCUGCGAGGAAUCUCAGGCUUCCCACCGCUUCCACCUUUCUUUCCUCGACCUUUGAAGAAGUCCAUUGCGCCAGCUAAAUCCAGCCCGAGCUAAUAUGGUCGGCCAUGGUGCUCGUCAGGCACCAAUGAGCACACAUUUUCGUUCUCCUAAUCUCCAUAUCAACCAAACCAACAACUUACAAGACCCCAGAUCUGGCCUGGAUGCUUGUCAAGGUUCAUUGAGACCGGAUCCGGACCUGAACCUAGCCGCCGUAGAGGAAGGUACAAGCUACGAAGAGAUCGCAUUGUACCUACAUUAUUAUCGUUCCGUCGUCGUCGUCGUGGCCACGGACUAUUGGCGCUCUCGCUUUUACGUGCCGCAGGAUCUGAUAUGCCAAAUAGGAAGAAAGCAACGCGUCGUCGACUCGAGCGCCAAGCCACGGGAAAACCUCGUUGCGAACCGAGAUGAACGCUCCUCACGGACAACGACAUCGCUGAGUGACAGAGUCAUCAUUGAUGAAGCGAAGAUUGACUUCAGUACUAUCCGGAGAUGGUGGAAUCCAUUCUCACACGAUGUGUACGUCGAGCAAGAGCAUGGACGCAAAUGGUUGGACAACUUGAUCAUGAAGAAGAUCGCACCUCGGGAAGCGCGAUGGCCUUGUCGAUAUCCUGAAGGCCGAGCAAGAGCGAGAACAAUACCUACUGGAGCUGGAUGGUAUACACACACCUGCAAUUAUCUCGCCGAAGCCCAUACUUCUAAAGCGAAGCUGUGUUCAUACUACGGGCGCCCGCCGCCAGGCUACAGGCUGCUGGAAGGGAACAGUGAGCAAUGUGCGUUGACAUCGUUUGAUGCAAUGGAGCCAGUCAAAGCGCCUGAGAGAAGUAUGCAUGAUAUGAUGAUAUCUUGA